AUGGCUGACAACUAUCUCAGCCCCAACCCCACACACCCGGACUCCCGUUCGAGGGCCGCCAGUGAUGCGGACACCAUCAUGGCUGACGGGUCCAACAACAACAACAACCCGUUCCUCACGCCGUCCGGAACCACGGCUGCCACCAGCACCGCCGCCACGAGCUUGGAUCUCGAGGACGCGGACUCGGCCCUGCACCCUGACCCCGGCACCGAGAACGACUUUCGUGUUGAUAACAACCCCUUUGCCUUUUCCCCCGGACAGCUGAACAAGCUUCUCAACCCCAAAUCUCUCUCUGCCUUUCGAGCUCUCGGUGGUCUGCGGGGUAUUGCCCGGGGACUCCAGACCGACGUACGGAGCGGCCUCAGCGUUGAUGAGACGGGGGUCAGAAGUACCGUCAGCUUCAGCGAAGCGGUGGAAAGCCGGAAUGACACCAACCCAGCGUCUCCUUCCACGGAGAAGCCCAUUUCGUCCUCGUCAACACCGUUUGUCGAUCGAACCCGGGUCUACGGACGCAACAUUCUCCCUCCCAAGAAGCCAAAGUCUAUUUGGAAGCUCAUGUGGAUCGCCUUCAACGAGACCGUGCUCAUCCUUCUGACCGUCGCCGGAGUCAUCUCUUUGGCACUCGGGCUCUAUGAGACUCUCGGCGUGGAACGGCCCGCAGGAGCGCCGGCGUCUGUCGACUGGGUCGAAGGCGUCGCCAUCUGCGGAGCAGUCAUCAUCGUCGUCCUCGUCGGCUCUCACAACGAUUGGCAGAAGGAAAAGGCGUUUGUCCGGCUAAACACCAAGAAGGACGACCGCCAGGUCAAGGUCAUUCGAUCGGGGAAAUCCGACAUGAUCAACGUCAACGAGAUCCUUGUGGGAGACGUCCUGCAUCUCGAGCCGGGUGACAUGGUUCCGGCAGACGGCAUCUUGAUCGAGGGUCACGAAGUCAAGUGCGACGAGUCUUCGGCAACGGGAGAAUCCGACGUGCUCAAGAAGACUGCUGGUGAUCAAGUGAUGAAGCUGCUGGACUCCAAGCAGAGCAACCACGAUGACUUGGACCCUUUCAUCAUCUCUGGUUCCAAGGUACUAGAAGGCAUGGGAACGUACGUUUGCACAUCCGUCGGCGUCUACAGCAGCUACGGCAAGAUCAUGAUGUCUGUACGCUACGACAUCGAGUCGACUCCCCUCCAGAAGAAGCUGGAACGGCUCGCCAUUGCCAUCGCCAAGCUGGGCGGGGGCGCAUCCGCCUUGAUGUUCUUCAUCCUGCUGUUCCGCUUCGUGGCCAGCCUCCCCGGAGACAACAGACUACCGGCGGACAAGGCGUCGACCUUCAUGGACCUGCUCGUCGUCGCCAUUGCCAUCAUAGCCGUGGCGGUCCCGGAAGGGUUGCCGCUGGCCGUGACCCUCGCUCUGGCGUUCGCGACCACCAAGUUGCUCAAGGAGAACAACUUGGUUCGUGUGCUGCGGGCCUGUGAGACCAUGGGCAACGCGACAACAAUCUGUUCCGACAAGACGGGAACACUGACGACGAACAAGAUGACCGUCGUUGCCGGGACCUUUUCUACGAGCAGUUUCACGUCUACCGCCACAGCCGACAGUAAUAACGAAAAGACUGCCGGUUCCCCUCUCCAUGUGUCUGCCUGGGCUUCAACCGUACCUCAAGCAACCAAGGAACUGAUUGUGCAAUCCGUUGCCGUCAACUCGACGGCCUUUGAAGGCCAGGAAGACGGCCAGUCAACGUUCAUCGGGUCAAAGACCGAAACCGCUCUCCUUCAACUCGCCAAGGAUCACCUGGGACUGCAGUCCCUCGCCGAGGCCCGCGCCAACGAGCAGGUUGUGCAGAUGCUCCCGUUCGAUUCCGGGCGGAAGUGCAUGGCGGCCGUCAUCAAACUCCGGGACGCCUCCAAGGGCUACCGUCUCUUGGUCAAGGGCGCCUCGGAAAUCUUGCUCCGUCACUGUUCAUCCAAGGCGGACCUCGAGACGUUGGCGGUUCAGCCCCUGACUACCUCGGAACGAGAGUCACUGGAUGCCACCAUCAACCAGUACGCCCGUCGAUCCCUGCGCACCAUCGGCCUCGUGUACAAGGACUACCCCCAGUGGCCGCCCGUGAACGUGCCCUCGGAAGACGGACAUGUAAAGCUCGAGUCGCUUCUGGCUGCCUCUGAGCUGGUGUUCCUCGGAAUCGUCGGUAUCCAGGAUCCCGUCCGCUCCGGUGUCCCCGAAGCCGUGCGAAAGGCACAGCAUGCCGGCGUCACAGUCCGCAUGGUCACGGGCGACAACAUCGUCACGGCCCAAGCCAUCGCGACCGAGUGCGGCAUCUUCACGGGGUCUCAGGGGGUGAUCAUGGAGGGGCCGAACUUCCGCAAGCUUUCCGAGGACGACAUGAACGCCAUUCUCCCCAAGCUACAGGUGCUGGCUCGUUCGUCCCCCGAAGACAAGCGCAUCCUCGUCACGAGGUUGAAGGCGCUCGGCGAGACGGUCGCCGUCACAGGAGACGGCACGAACGAUGCGCCGGCCCUGAAGGCGGCAGACGUCGGCUUUUCCAUGGGCAUUUCCGGCACUGAAGUCGCCAAGGAAGCAUCUGCCAUUGUUCUGAUGGACGACAACUUUGCUUCGAUUGUGACUGCGCUUAAAUGGGGCCGCGCAGUGAAUGAUGCCGUUCAGAAAUUCCUGCAGUUCCAAAUCACCGUCAACAUCACUGCUGUCCUUCUGGCCUUCAUCACAGCCAUGUACGACCCCCACAUGGAGCCCGUGCUGAAAGCCGUCCAGUUGCUCUGGGUCAACCUCAUCAUGGACACGUUUGCGGCGCUUGCGCUGGCAACGGAUCCCCCAACCGAGAAGAUCCUCGACCGGCCUCCUCAACGGAAAGAUGCCCCGUUGAUCACCGUGAACAUGUGGAAGAUGAUCAUUGGUCAGGCGAUUUUCCAGCUCAUCAUCACCAUCACACUCUACUUCGCAGGUCCCGAAAUCCUCGGUUACAACAGGAACAGCGAGGACCAGAUGCUCCAGCUCGACACCCUCAUCUUCAACACGUUCGUGUGGAUGCAGAUCUUCAACGAGUUCAACAACAGACGGCUGGACAACAAGUUCAACGUCCUCGAGGGUGUCCACCGCAACAAGUUCUUCAUCUUCAUCAACAUUUUGAUGGUGGGUCUGCAGGUCGGCAUCGUCUUCAUCGGCGGUCGCGUCUUUGAGAUCAAGGAGGGCGGUCUCGACGGCACGCAGUGGGCCAUUUCCAUCGUCGUCGCCUUCAUGUCCCUCCCGUGGGGCGUUCUGGUCCGCAUCUUUCCGGAUAUCUGGUUCGAAAAGACGGCGCGCUUCGUGGGCAAGCCGUUCGUUGUGGUGUACAGGUUUCUCGGGAGGGUCUUUGGUCGAAUUGGUGGGCUUUUCAAGAGAAAGCCGCACAAGGUCACAUCAGACGAAGAAGUGCCCGCCACAAUCAUCGUUGCCCCGCCUGAUGGGAAGGGACUGCAGGGGUGA